AUGGAUAAAUCUUGGAUGCAUAUUGAAGAUCGAUUGCGGUCCCAUGAAUAUGCUGAAGGAGUUAAUCAUUUCUUAUCAAUGGCUCAAUCCAUUGCUCCUUCCAGUGACUCCAUUAGGUGUCCCUGUCGGGACUGUCGUAAUAACUUCUUCCAGCCAUUUACUGUUGUGAGGGAUCAUCUAUUUUUGAGAGGGAUUGAUAGAAGUUAUACUCAAUGGAUAUUUCAUGGAGAAGAUGAUCCUUUUCAUGCCAACCGGUCAGACGAUCCGGAUGAUGGAGAUGAUACUGGAGAGUACAUUGAUGACGUCGAUGAGAUGUUAUAUGACAUUCGGGUGGGAUCCUUCGUGGAUGAUAUUACCGGUUUAAAUGCAAGUGGCAGUGAUGAUGAUAAUGCACAGUCCAACGUUGGGACUUCUAUACACCAUACGUUUGAACAGUACGUCGAGGAUGCACGACAUCCACUAUAUCCUUCGUGUACAACCUACUCAAAGCUAUCAUUUAUAGUGAAGUUGCUUCACAUCAAGACAAUUGGGGGUUGGAACGUGAAGUCAUUUAACAUGGUGCUAAAGCUAUUGAAGUCUACAUUCCCAACUGCUCUCUUGCCUGAAGACUAUAAUGAUGCACGUCAGCUAGAGCGUGGGUUGGGAUUUAGUUACACCAAAAUCCAUGUAUGCCCAAAUGACUGUAUGUUGUUUUGGAAAGAUGAUGAAGACAAAGAUGAAUGCCGUAAAUGCAACGCAUCUAGGUGGAUCUCAAUGACGAGUAAACACCGGGUACCUCAGAAAGUGAUGCGUUAUUUUCCAUUGAAGCCUAGGUUGCAACGCCUUUAUCUAUCGAAGAAGACAGCAGAAGCCAUGCGAUGGCAUAAAGAGGGCCGUAUCGAUGAUUCGAACUGUAUGAGGCAUCCAGCUGAUUCCAAAGUUUGGAAAGAUUUUGACAGGAAAUAUGAUUGGUUUGCCAAAGAUUCUCGUAAUGUCCGUCUUGGACUGGCGAGUGAUGGGUUCAACCCGUUCAAUAACAUGAGCAAGCCCUAUAGUAUAUGGCCAGUAAUACUUCUACCUUAUAACUUGCCACCUUGGUCUUGCAUGAAAGACCCAUACUUUAUGUUGACCUGCUUGAUACCUGGUCCUAAAUCACCAGGAAAUGAUAUCGAUGUCUUCCUGCGUCCUUUAGUUGAUGAGUUGAAAGAAUUAUGGGAGGUUGGUAUUGAGACAUAUGAUGCAUUCAGUUCUGAUGUUUUUCGAUUACAUGCAUCUUUACUUUGGACUAUAAAUGACUUUCCUGCAUAUGCCAAUCUUUCUGGGUGGAGCACGAAGGGGAAGUUGGCUUGUCCUGUGUGCAAUGUUGAUACCGAUUCUAUGUGGUUGGCGUAUGGGCGUAAACAUUGUUAUAUGGGCCACCGUCGAUGGUUGGCCUUGGACCACCCUUGGAGAAAGAAAAAACGUGCUUUCAAUGGUGCCAACGAGGUUCGGAUUCAACCAGCAAAUCUUUCGGCCCAAGCUAUAUUUGAAUCAUUAUCCAUGGUCCCGAAUGUGCAAUUCGGGAAAAGUUCACGGAAGAGGAAACGGGCACCACAAGAAUUAAACUGGACAAAGAAAAGCAUCUUCUUCGAUCUCCCAUACUGGCAAGAAUUAGAGUUGAGGCAUAACCUAGAUGUAAUGCAUAUUGAGAAAAACAUAUGUGAUAGUGUGUUGGGCACCUUGCUGAGUAUUGACGGAAAGAGUAAGGACACUGCGAAUUCUCGCAGGGAUUUGGAACAUCUAGGACUGAGGAAGGAAUUACACUUACGUCCGGAUGGCGAUCGUUGCCGAAUGAGUCUUGCAUGUUACACCCUAAACCAAAAUGAAAGAAAAUCCUUCUGUGAGUGGGUGUCACAAGUUAAAUUCCCAGAUGGCUUCGCCUCUAACAUUGCCCGGUGUGUGAAUAUUCGUGAGGGAAAAAUUUCAGGAAUGAAAAGUCAUGACUGCCACAUUUUCCUCCAACAGUUGCUUCCGGUCGUGAUUGGUGGUUAUCUGCGGCCGGACAUUCGGCUAGCUUUGAUCGAGCUAUGUACAUUUUUCAAAGAAUUGUGUGCUCGAACAUUGACUUAUGAAUCAUUGCAUCGACUUCAGGCAGAAAUUUCUAUCAUACUAUGUAAACUUGAGAUGAUCUUCCCACCUGCAUUUUUUGAUAUAAUGGUGCACCUCGCAAUUCAUUUACCGGACGAGGCAUUGCUUGCUGGACCAGUGCAAUAUAGGUGGAUGUAUCCUUUUGAGAGGUACCUAGGGAAGUUCAAACGUUACGUCCGGAACAAAGCCCGCCCAGAGGGCUCAAUUGCCGAAGCAUAUGUUCAUGUUGAGUGUUUGACGUUUUGCUCAAUGUAUCUCAAUGACAUUGAGACCAGAUAUCAACGGGUUGAAAGAAACGCAGACCUUCCAGAACAGAGUAAUGAAGAAUUUUUUUCUGUAUUCUCACAAAAGGUACGUCCGCUCGGGGCGGCCAACAUUCACAUGCUUGCCGAGAAAUUAUUUGCAAGAGCCCACUGGUAUGUGCUAAAUAAUUGUGGCGAGAUCGAGCAUUACCUCGAUGAGCAUUAUAACAUGAUUACAAGGGAACUCACAACCAACACUGCGCGCAGGCACGAGGCUCAAUUUCCCGGGUGGUUCAAGAAACAUAUUCGAGAGAAGCGUGCAAUGGAUCCAACCAGUGUACGAGAUGAAAUAUAUGCACUUGCAUGUGGUCCCGACAAGUGGGUUGCGUCAUACGCUGGUUGCAUAAUGAAUGGAAUUAGGUUUCAAACAAAGGAUCGAGAGAGGCACCGGCGAACGCAAAAUAGUGGUUUGGUUGUUCGAGCGAAGAGGGAUUCGCGUUGGGGACCAUCUAACCAGCCUGAACACGUCUACAACAUGGUAUAA